AUGUUGUACAAACAGAUCUUAGCCUCUACUUUAUGGGCUCUAUGCUUGCCCUCUAUGAGCAUUGCAGCCCCACACAACGAGGGUCGAAGCGCAAAUGUGUGCGAGGGUACCGACUUCUACGGACUAUUCUUACCCUAUCUUGCUUCAUACUCUGUUGCAAUAUCCGCCUGUUAUGAAACAUACCCUGUCGCUUGCACCUCUACCAAGAUUGCGAAGCGUGGAGUAGCGGCAGCCACCACAAAGACUACGACUACGACUGCAUCAUCGAUAAACUCGGCACAAAUGUAUACCGCCUGGACUAUUGUGUUGGGAAGGGGCGCUAGUGUAGUCUCAACAAUGUGCUCGUGCAUUGAAACGGCGAAGCCUUGCUCUGCCACCACCCCCACUAAAGCAAAGACUACCACCACCACCACCACCACCACGACGAAAGCAAAAACCACCGCCACACACCCGGUGACCAAGUCGUCAGCGACGACCAAGGUAAGCAAGACCACCACCACCACCAAACCAAAGACAACUACCACCACCACCAAACCAAAGACUACUACCACCACCACCAAACCAAAGACUACCACCACUACCACCACCACCACCACCAAAGCAAAAACUACCACCACUACCACCACCACCACCACCAAAGCAAAAACUACCACUACCAAACCAAAGACUACCACCACUACCACCACCACCACCAACACCAAACCAAAGACUACCACCACUACCACCACCACCACCAAAGUAAAAACUACCACCAUACACACGGUGACCAAGUCGACGACGACAGCUAAGCCAAAGACGACAACGACUCCCACCACCACAGCGAUCUACCAGUAUGAGUACAACUACAUCACCAUCUCCGACUUCAAUCAUAUCUACAGAGACAACUACAACAAUGACCACAUCCACAAGUACAUCCAUCAGUACAUUUACAAGCACCACUACAGUUGCAACCACCAGUUCGAGUACAUCAGCAUCACCAACUUCAACUGA